UUCCUUUGAUCCCCCAUUGACCUUUCUUGCCUCCAUCUUGUUUAAUUGACUUCCUGUUGGGUUGCCUCCAUCUUGUCCAGUCCUUCUUCCUUUGACCCUCCAUUGACUUUUCUUGUCUCCAUCUUGUCCAAGUCGCCUCUAUAAUUGACUUCCCUUGCCUCCAUCUUGUUUAGGUCUUCAUCAGUUGACUUCUCCGUUGACCUUCUGGCCUCCAUCUUGCCCAAGUCUCCUCCAUAGUUGGCCUUUUAUUGCCUCCAUCUUGUUUACGUCUCCAUCAGUUGGUUUCCUAUUGAGUUACCUUCAACUUGUCCAAAUCUAAUUGACUUCCUGUUGACCUUGUCCAAUAUUCCUUCCUUCAAGUCUCCAUUGACGCCCCUUGCCUCCAUCUUGUCCAGACCUUCUCCAUUGACUUUCUCUGCCUCCAACUUAUCCCAAGUCUUCUCUAUAAUUGACUUCCAAUUGACUUCCCUUGCCUCCCAUCUUGUUUAGUUGACUUCCUGUUGAGUUGCCUCCAUCUUGUCCGAGUAUAGUUGACCCUCCAUUGACUUUCCUGCCUCCAUCUUGCCCAAAUCUUCUCCAUAGUUGGCCUUGUAUUGCCUAUAUCUUGUUUACGUCUUCAUCAGUUGACUUCCUGUUGAGUUGCUUCCAUCUUGUCCAAGUCUAAUUGACUUCCCAUUGACUUUCCUGCCUUCAUCUUGUCCAAACCUUCACCGUAAUUGACUUAUCAUUGACUUGCCCAUCUCCAUCUUGUAUAGUUGACUUCCUGUUGGGUUGCCUCCAUCUUGUCCAAAUCUAAUUGACUUCCCAUUGACCUCUCUGCCUCCAUCUUGUCCAAACUUUCUCCAUAGUUGACUUAUCAUUGACUUCCCCGUCUCCAUCUCAUAUAGUUGACUUCUUGUUGAGUUGUCUCCAUCUUAUCCUAAUCGAAUUGACUUCCUGUUGACCUUCUUGCCUCCAUCUUGAACAAUAUUCCUUCCUUCAACUCUCCAUUGACUCCCCUUGCCUCCAUCUUGUCCAGACCUUCUCCAUAGUUGACCUUCCCUUGACUUUCUCCCUCCUCCCUUUCCUCGUGUCCCUGUUCGGGCGCCAUGAUGCUGAACGCUGACCCUGUGGAGGCGGGUCUUCCCGGGCGCCACUCGGAGGUGGAAGGCCCCUUAGGGAGCUGUGGGCGUGGGGGGACCCCUGCGGAGGAGGCCCCGCCUCCCUUGUGCCUCCACCCGGAGGUCACGGAGGCCAAGAAGGAGCUGCCGCCCUUGAGCCGGGAGGAGCGCCGCCGUCGCCGCCGAGCCACGGCCAAGUACCGCACGGCCCACGCCACUCGGGAGCGCAUCCGGGUCGAGGCCUUCAACAUGGCCUUUGCUGAGCUGCGCAAGCUGCUGCCCACGCUGCCCCCCGACAAGAAGCUCUCCAAGAUCGAGAUCCUGCGCCUGGCCAUCUGCUACAUCUCCUACCUCAACCACGUCCUGGACGUCUGACCCCUCAGCGCACCACGGGGGUGGACUGGAUGGCCUUUCGGUACUCCCCUCCAACACUUAUGGCUCUGCAAACCGGUAUUGGAGUAGAUGACCUUUCAGUGCCCCAACUCUUAUGAUUCUACAAACAGAUCUUGAUCCCUCAUUGGUCAGACUGGAUGACCUUUGGGUGCCCCUUCUCACACUUAUGGCUCUACAAACUGAUGUUGACCCUCUUUGGGAUCAAAGAGCUGCGGUCAUCUCCCCAUUGGCCAGACUGGAUCAUCUUUGGGUGCGCCAUCGAGAUGGUCAACUCCCUAUCAGCAAGACUAGAUGACCUCUGGGUGCCCCUUUUGACACUUAUGGCUCUACAAACUGACGUUGACCCUCUUUGGGAUCCAAGUGCUGCGGUCAUCUCCCCAUUGGCCAGACUGGAUGAUCUUUGGGUGCCCCGUCGAGAUGGUCAACUCCCUAUCAACAAGACUAGAUGACCUUUGCGUGCCCCUUAUGACUCUACAAACUGACAUUGGCCUCCCCUUUGAUCAGAGUCGAUGACCAUUGGGUGCCUCUUCCAAGACUUAGGGUUCAGCUAACCCAUGCUUGACCCCCAUUGGUCAGACUAGAUGACCUUUGGGUGUCCCUUCUGAACAUACUGAUGUUGGACCUUCUUUGGGAUCAAAGAGCUGUGGUCAACUCCCCUAUUGGCCAGACUAGAUGACUUUUGGAUGUCCCUUUUGGCUCCUUUGAGAUGGUCAGCUCUCCAUCAACCGGACUAGAUGACCUUUGGGUGCCCCUUAGGACUCUACACUUUCUACACAGUGACGUUGGGUCCUCCCAUUGCUCAGACUCGGUGGCCUUCAGGUGACCAUUCCAACUCUUACGGUUCUGCAAGUGGAGUCCAAUCCCCCGUUGGUCAGACUGAAUGACCUUUGGGUGUCCCACACAACUCAUGAUUCUGCAAGUGGAGUCUGAUCCUCCAUUGGUCAGACUGGAUGACCUUUGGGUGCCCCAUCCAACCCU